ACUCGCGAUCAUUGCGUUUGAUGGUUCACCUAGGGCAGGCUUUCAGCGCACUUUUGCUAGCGCAGCAACGCGUUGGAGAAUACAAGAGGAUCGCGUCGGACUAUAAUAUCAUUGCACAGGUCAAAGACACGGUUUCGAUUGACACUAUGAUUAUGAAUAUCAAGACCUUAGACAUAUUGUAAC